AUGAUGAGAAAGACUGAUGCAGCGGACGCAGAAAAAGACGAAGAGGACGACUUGAACCUACUCGAUUUAUACAGCAGCAAUAAGGACAACGAUGAAGGUGACAUCGAGGUUGGAAACGUCAAGAAGAAGAAGGUUGUGGUGAAAGAUGCCGCAGUUGCUGGGAUCAUUGAUCUAGCCAUUCUUCAACAACAAGAUGAUCAUUCACCCAAGAUUUGCCUCAAGACAUCCACGAGCAUCCCUGAAGUUUCCACAUGCAACGCAGAAAACUGCAGCCAUACAGCUCAAGCUCAGUCUAUUCUAGACACACCAGUGCAGUAUCCCGAGUUUACGAGACAUCAAGGCAUCCACCCAGCUAUUCCGGGAGCCAUUGCCGUGGAUGGGCCAGGGUUCCGUGACGACAUAGAAGACGAGAGCGAUGAUGGAAUCGAUGAGGACCGGACCAGUGAUGUCAUUAUUGCUCAUCCAGUCCAUGAGGACGAAGUGGAUGGGUUACUAGUACUGCAAAAUGCCGUGCCGCACAUGUCAUUCCAAAGAAUCAAAGAAUAUUGGAGGAGAAGGUUAUUUGUGGCACUCUCCAUACAGACAAUAGUGGGCAUGGCGGCGGUGGCAAUCAUUCUGGCAGUAUUCUUCUUGGUCGUUUGGACCAGACAUAGCAGCAGUCCAUUGAUACUACAGCAAGAACAGCAGAACGGUGGAAGGAUUCAAAGUCCAUCCUCUGCCCCAAUCAUGGCAACAACCCCAGCACCAACAACAACCUUGCUGGAUGUGCUCCAUCUACCUAAUUACACGCUCAGAGCCAUCAUGGAUGACCCAGAGUCACCCCAAUCCAAAGCAAAUGAAUGGCUGAUCAAUGCUGCGGGUGAAACCAGCAUUCAUCUCCUUCCAGAAUGGAAAUUACGACAGCUGUUUGUACUGGUCACCUUUUACCAUUCAACCAAGGGUGACUAUUGGGUCAAGAAGCAUUGCUGGUUGGAUUGGAAAAACAAACGACUGCCAUUGGGAACAAGUUCCCACUGA